UUAUCAGCUUAUAAAGUUAAAUCCUUUAUUUUUGUUAUGAUUCUAUCUUCAUUGAACUGAAAUGAAGAUAAGAAAAAUUUUCUUUCAUAGUAAUUAGAUUGUAAAUUGCAAAAAUAAUUACUUUUAUUUUAGUUACAAUGAAUAUCGAAAGUGCUGCCAUAAAUAUAAUCAAAAGAGGUGUGGAGUUGGAUACAAAGAAGCGAUAUACGGAGGCUCUUGUUUGUUAUCAGGAAGGUCUACAAAUAUUGGUGGACAAAAUAAAAAGUGAAAAUGAUGAAUCUAUUAGAACUUAUUUGAGAAAGAAAGUGGAAGAGUAUAUGAAUAGAGCAGAGAAAAUAAAGAAACUAGUGUUACAGCAGAAGGAAGCUGGGCAGUUUCAUGAACAGGUUAACAUAGAGAAUAACUCUACUGGGCAUAGCUAUAAGACCCUAUUUGGUAGGUUUCUUGAUGAGGAGGUGCAAUAUGUUGUUGUUGAAGACCCUUAUAUUAGGAGUUAUCAUCAGUGUCAGAAUUUCCUUCGUUUAUGUGAGUUGAUGGUGAGAUCAUGCACAAAUUUAAGACAUAUAGAAUUAUUAACAUCAAAGGAUGGCAAAUCAGAGAAUGAUCAAAGACAGUGGUUUAGUUACUUAGUGAAUGACUUAUUAAAAUAUAGAGUUAAUCUUAUUGUCAAGUAUUCGGAAACCCUACAUGACAGACAAAUCACGCUAAGUUCCGGAUGGAUUAUAAAAAUUGGGAGAGGUUUAGACUUUUAUAAAGCAAGCGAGAACAAAUUUUGCCUCGGUAUGUAUGACAUGGACUUGAGACAGUGCCACGAAACCACUGUCGAUAUUGUACAUUCUAAAAAUGUAAAACAAUCGUACGGAUGACACAUGUUGCGUGUUUUGUUAAGUUUAAUAAGUGACUAUAACAGGUAUUAUUAAUGAAUGUUUAUAUAAUGUAUAAAUAUAUUUUAAUGAAUUUUA